AUGGAAGAAGAAGAAACUGCGUGCUCCUAUGUCAGCGACGGAAAUCAGAGCGAAGAUGGCAGAAACCCAUCUAGCGAUGCAAGAAGAGGUGAAUUCCGCCUCCUCCGGGUUAUAAACGUAAUUGGCGCAUUUACAGAGGAGGAUAUACCCGUGCUUGUACUGGGAGGAGCUGGAGCUGACGAUGGUAAAAGAAUCGCAGCUGGUGCUGGGAAAGGAGAUGACAAAGAUAUAGAGAAGGAAGAGGAGAAGAAAAAGGAUGCAGAGGACAAGGAGAAGGACAAGGAAACAGAUAAAGACAAGGCAUCGGACAAAGAGAAGGAUAAGGAGAGCGAAGAUGACAAGGAUAAAGAGAAGGAGAAAGGCAAAGAAAAGGAAGAAGGUAAAGAAAAGGGCAAAAAGAAAGAAGAUAGUAAAGAUAAAAGUAAAGGAAAAGAGGAGGGCAAGGAGAAAGAGAAGGAAAAGGAGAAGGAGAAGGAAAAGGAGAAGGAGAAGGAAAAGGAGAAGGAGAAGGAGAAGGAGAAGGAGAAGGAAAAGGAGAAGGAAAAGGAGAAGGAGAAGAAAGGAAAGGCUAAAGAACUGCCGGAGGCGCAUGUGCUAGGCAAAUCUGCAGAAACGGUGGGAAAAGGAAGAUCAGUGGUCUUCAAAGUCCCUGUAGAACAUAAGCCUGUAUGGAGUGAUAUAAAGAUUGAGAAUCCAACUAAUGAAAAGAAAACCUUCAAAGUAAAAUGUACAUCAAAUGAGCAUUUUCGCGUGCAACCACCUCUUGGAUUCAUCAAACCAAAUGACACAGCGAGAAUUAGAGUAUGGUUUCAGAAUCAAAAGGGAAUCCCAACAGAAAAGCGAAAGCAUUAUUUUGCUGUAUACUAUAUGAAAGCACAAGAAGGAAAAAGCCCAAAGGAUAUGUGGCAUAAACAGGCCAAACAAGAAGGUAUAUGCCGAGUUUUCGUAUCAUUUGAAAAAGCAACAGAUGACAAGUCCAGUAAAUCCGCCAAUGCUGGCAAGUAGGAGCUUAAUGAGUGCAGGAGAAGCUCAAAUUGUUCAAAAAUCGCU